GGAAAGCAUCAGUGAUGAGUAUUAAUGAAGUAGGGACACGGAGUAGCUCGUCAUGACAUGCGUACGCGCAAUUCGAAUUCAGUCGUGCCGCGCUUUCCGGACCCCGUGGACGUCGACGCACGUUCAUCAGUUUGUCCCUCCGAUAGAACGCCGGUUCAAUGACAUCUGAAGAUCGAGAUGAUAUUCGGUUUAUAUUGAUUUGGAAAUUCUAACACCGUAGAUAAAUUGUGGAUCGAAGGAGAUGUUACAUUUACAAUAAGCGAUUAAUAGAAGAGAUAUUUAUUAAGGAAAAUAAUUAACAAAAUGAAAUUAAUAUUUCUAUUCAUCGUUGUGGUAACGGUGCCUGAAGCUUGGGCGAAGACGAGAAGAUAUACAAGGUUGCAAACAGAUCCUUUAUCAAAGACGAGAUGUGAUUUGAUCUGUAUCGAUGCCAGCAAGGAAACAAAAUCUCAGUGUCGUUCCGCUUGCCGUUCGGAGGAACACAAGCCAGGUACCUGUCCAUCCGAGGAAAACCCACGAUGGAUGGCUGCUUGUGUGGAGGCUUGUAAUAUGGACUCCCAAUGCGAUGGCACACAACGUUGCUGCAAACACGGAUGCAGUGCCGUGUGUAAUGAGCCAGUCGAUCUGCUUAAUUUACCUGGUCUCCCUGCUUUACCAACAAUGGAAGAACCAAAAGAGAGGCGUAGAGCCGUACAGAUCAAAUGGUCAGAUGGUGUAGGAGACUCCGCAAGAGCUGUACCAGGGCGAGUGCUUUAUUUGUUAGAAGAACAACAUCAUCUAGGACCUAAGUACGAGGAAUCCCGACUUGGUGAUUGGAAUCUCAUUAUGAGAACCAAUAAAACAAAAGUGUCCCUUAAAAAUCUGUUGAAGCCAGGUCGAUGGUACCGUUUUCGAGUAGCUGCAGUCAGUUCAGCUGGCACCAGAGGGUAUUCAGCAGCAAGUCCACCAUUCACACCACGUAAAGGACCUAGACCACCACCGCCCCCGAAGAAAUUGAAGGUUCAGCCACUGAAAUCAGACAACGGUACAGUUACAGUUAGACUCGAAUGGAAGGAACCGCGAUCGGACUUACCAGUGAUGAGAUAUAAAGUUUUUUGGAGCAGGCGCGUUCGUGGACUCGGUGGAGAAUUAGAUUCGGUUCUUGUCAAUCAUCAGACUGUUCCAAAGGAACAAACCUUUGUCGACAUAAGCGAUUUGCAGCCAAAUUCAAUGUACUUCUUGCAAGUCCAGACGAUCAGCUUGUUUGGCCUCGGAAAAUUGCGAAGCGAAAAGGCGGCUAUUUUCUACAACACUACUAGCGGGACAGAUGGACAUGAACCGGAGCCCCUAAAAAGAAGAAGAGACGAUCAAGACAAACUCAUUAGAGGGUUAAAGCUGAAUAAACUCACUUGGUUGGAUCACAAAAUUGAAGCCAAAAUAUCCUGGAACCCGAUUCACCCUAAAGGACAACGCAAAAACACAUACUACGUGCACUGGAAAACUCUAACAUGCCAAGAUCCCGUGAAGGAGUUAAAGGAGCUAUCCGCCACUACCGAGCAAAAUUCAUUUGAAAUCUACGAGUUGGACUACAAAUGCAACUACACAAUCAACGUCAACAAAUCUACAAAUAAAAAGAAUCCCGAUUCAGAAUUAAUUUUAAGUGUUCCGGGUUGCGAUUAUUUCAAGAAGAAAGUGAAAAAUGCCACCAUAACUUGUAAAACGUAAAAUUGCAAGUAAACAUUAUGUAAUUUGUAAAAUAAUUAAUUUAAUUUUUUUAGAUGUAAUACUCAAAAUAGACUGCUCUAAGAUAAAAAUAGAUAUUGUGAUGUUAGGGGAGGGGCUAUAGAGCUUUGACCACCAUGCUGCUUCAAUAUGGGUUGGCGGGAUGGAGCCGCAUCGGAGCAGCGUGGUGGUCAUAAGCUCAGUAUCCCCUCUCCUUUAUGGAGGGAAGCCUGGCCCCGUUGAAAUGUGCUGAUAAUGAUGAUUGUUAAGAUAAUAUUUUUUAUUUUAUACUUAUUUAUCUAGUUAUUUUAGGUUUAUAAGAUCUAAUAUGUAAAUGAUAAUAAAAAAAUAACUACUACAAGUAGGUACUUUAUACUUUACAGUAAAUAUUUAAAUAAAAAAAAUGUUUACCUACGUACAUAGUCACUUCUUUUAAAACAUUCAUAAUAAUUAUAAUGACCUAUCUAUUCGUAUUACCUACCUACCUAUUUAAAUAAAUCCCUUCGUUCUGCUUUCCUAGGAAAAUAAAUAUUUUGCCUAUUGCGCAUGCCUACUAUAAGACGGGGCUUGAUUUGAAAUUAACGAGAAUUUCAAACAAAUUCCGCAAAUAAUUAAAGGAUUUAUCAAUUGUUAUAAUUAUUUUUAUAUUAUUUUUAACGUAAUAAUAAAUUAAAUACAUACAUUAACCGUCUUUCCCAAAUUAACAAUGUGCGUUAUAUGGCAACACGGAAAAAAUCAUCCAUAAAGUUUUAGCAUCUAGCAAUCCUCAGUUAAUGUCAAAAGUAAAUAGAAAAUAAGAGAUGGGAAAUUAUUUUACGAUAAUUUAACUUUUUAUUCCAAUAUUAAUUAGUCUGCACAUAAUUUUAGUAAAGUUUUACUAUUUACCUUGAAUGUGUGUGUUUUAUUGUGAUAGAAAUGUUUUACAAUUUUUAGUAAAAGACGAGCGAGUGUUUGCUGUUUCUUACCUUUACAAUGCACAAUUUACGUCUUAUUACGUUAUAUUGUGUUUAGUUAUUAACUAAUGCACCUAAUUGUGAAAUUAAAUAUCGUUUUGUAAACAAAAUAGGUUUGGAAUCCUA